AUGCUUUCCGAAGUUCGAGGUGCUGCCACUGAAGUGCAGAAGGAGGCCAAGAUCGCUGUUAAGACACCGUGCUAUAGCCACAGACUAAAUAACUCUAUAUCCCGUAGUUCCAAGGUGCCUGCUGCUCGGGAAGCUACAUCAGUAAUGAAAGAGGCCAAUAAUUUCUUUAAGACACACCCUGAAAGAAAAAGUGUCUUAGUGAACACCUUGUGUUGUGCACUCACAUCACUUUGUGAGACCCAGUGGGUAGAGAGGCAUGACAGUGUACUUCAGUUUUCAGCUGAUCUUGUAAAAAUUGUGGAGACUCUCGGGAAGAUUGCUGAGUGGCAUGACCCGAGUACAGCUGGUAAGACUGCUUCUCUGAUGUUAAAUUUGUGCAGCUCACAAUUUGUGUUGUCAUUAUUGUGUCUGAGCGAUGUGCUACCUCUAACGCAGUCUCUAAGCAAACUUUUGCAGAAACCUUCUAUUGAUCUCAGUGACAGUGCUAGACACGUCAAGAACACUAUCGCUGUUCUUGUCAGUCGUCGAGAAAAUUUGGUCACUAGCUUCAGUAACGUCCGGAAGCGUGCAGAGGAACUUGCGGAUCAACUAGGCAUCGAGCUCAAUAUUCCUCGCAUACCUCGCCACGGUCGACGCCAAGUUUGUCGUGACAACCCUCAAACAAAUUCGGCAGAAGAAUAUUACAGAGUAACAGUCUAUGCUCCCCAACUGGACUUCAUUAUAACUGAUUUACGAGAAAGAUUCUCUGCUGAAACUUUGGAUGUGUUCAACCUUUCUGUUUUCAGUCCAGAAAGUAUUGUGAAGAUCUCUGCAGGUGAAACUGAAAAAAUUGCAGAGUCCCUCACCAACCGCUUUGGUUCGUUGCUUGACGUGCACAAAGGCAUUGCUUCUCUUAUGUUACGGGAUGAAAUGUUGUUGUGGCGAGAGAAACGGAAUCAAGAAAAGGUACGACAAAAAGGGCUUCCAACCAUCGCCGUUGACAUACUGGCUAGAUGUGAUAAGGAUGCAUGUCCUAUAAUCCGUGAGCUUUUAUUGGUCCUGGCAACGCUUCCAGUGACAACUGCAUCUGCUCAAAGAUCGUUUUCGUCGUUGCGGCGCCUGAAAACGUAUUUAAGAACAUCGAUGAAUGAAAAUCGCCUCCUUGGUCUUGCACUUAUGUAUAUUCAUUACCAGAUUCCUGUAGACCUAGAAAAAGUAAUUAUAAGAUUUUCGAACAGUGGGCGUAGAAGGAGAUCAGAAUUUAAUAUUUAA